AUGUCAAGAACUAAGAAGUUCAUCAUAUUCACCAUUAUCAUUAUAGUUUUAGUUCUCAUUUCUUUGUUCAUCUUAUGGCUAAUCACCAAGACCCACAAACUCAAGUUCCAAGUGACCAACGCCAACCUAACCCAAUUCAACUUCACCGAUGACAGCCAACUCCUUUUCCAACUCAGCCUUAACAUGACGGUCAAAAACCCAAAUCGUGGCUUCGGAGUUUUCUUUGACAGCAUCGAAGUGGUUGUGUUGUAUCAAGACAUUAAGUUUAGCAACGUGUCGUUGUCGCCAUUUUACCAAGGCCAAGAAGGAAAGAGCUUGCUGAAUUUAAGCUUUGAUGGUCAGCAAUUGAUGAAUCUUGACGCCCAGCAGCUGGCUGUGUUCACUCUUGAGAAACUACUAGAUAUUUUCUCCAUUAAACUUGAGCUUCGUCUUCGUAUGAGGGUUAAGAUUGGUUUCAUUAGGAUCAAACUCAAUCCCAAGGUUCGUUGUGGACUUAAUCUUCCCUUGAUUUCUCAUGGAAGAUCAUUUAUUCGGUUUCGGAUUAUCGACUGUUAUGUCGCUUAUUAA